AUGAACAGACUGUGGGUGCGUCUUUUCUCCACCUCGGGAGUGAGAAAUAAGCCAGGAUACUCUACAGUAGAGCCUGUGCAUCACUUGGUGAAAAUCAGCAAGGCCGCCUUGAGCCCCAAAUACCAACCACUUUUGAUUCCUAGAUCCGACAUCGAAUCUGUCGGUUACAAGCCCACGGAGAUUGACCAGGAUAGAGUCGCCGAACAUUACCAGAAUACGUUGCAGAGCGAUUUGUUGUUGCAUUUUUUUGAGCACGAUGCCAAGGUCAUCCCAGGUAACAGAAAGAGAGAAUGGGCUACUGAUUCCCCAUAUGCUUUGUACCGUAACAUGAAGAAGCCCAAGGGAGUGGGCCGUGCUACCAAAGACAUUAAGCCCAUUGGACCCAAGAAUGUUCCAGAGCUCCUGAGCAUCUCCAUCAACUUGUACAACAAGGAGGCAUUGGAAGAUUCAUGGUUGAAUAUUUCCAGCAGAUUGCAGAUUGCCCAAAUCACUAAUGUCAAGGCCAAGCAGUUGUACAACAGAUCUAACAUUCUUCCCUGGAAGGUCAGAGAGGGUAAACCAUGUGGAUGUAAGGUGGAGUUGGAAGGCAGAGACAUGACGCAGUUUUUAAUUACGCUAACUGAGUUGGUUUUGCCACGUAUCAGAACGUUCCAGGGCAUCAAGAACACUUCUGGAGACAACAAUGGUAAUAUUUCUUUUGGGUUGGACCCGGAAGAUGUUAAAUACUUCCCAGAGAUCGAGAACUUCCAGGAGUUGUACCCUAAUCUCUGGGGUUUCCAUAUAACAUUCAAGACGACAGCACGUACCGACGAGGCUGCCAGAACGUUGUUAAGCUCUUUAGGAUUGCCAUUUUAUGAUCCUGUGGAGUAG